AUGGAGGAUUCGUCAAACAGACGGGGAUCCAUACUGGCUGGCGCCGCGAGGAGGACCCUAGGCAUCUGCCUGCUGCUCAUUGUAGUGAUUCUGUGGACUGCGUCGAACUUCCUGGCCAGCACUAUCUUUGCCGACGAUACGUAUUCCAAGCCAUUCUUCGUGACAUACCUCAACACGUCGCUUUUCAUCCUUCCUUUCUUCACGAUAGUCUUGAGCCGGCUCUGGGGUCUAUUCCGUGCAGGGAAACUAUACCAGGUCCAGUCCUUCGAGAGUUUGUUGCAGCAGCUUGACUCGCAAUACUCGGAUGCUGAGUCCGAGCGGAUACUCGGCCAUGGAGCGGAUGGGCCUGAAAAUGAAGGUCCAGAAAGAUGGAGCACUGUCAGGUUACCAAAGGAGCAUGAAAACCAGAAACUAGGUCUGAAGGCGACAGCGAAACUGAGUUUCCACUUUUGUUUGUUAUGGUUUACCGCAAACUAUUUCUCAAUGGCCUGUCUCCAGUUUACAACUGUAGGGAGCACAACCAUAUUGACGUCCACUAGUGGUGUAUGGACCCUGAUAUUCGGCGCCAUGAUCGGAGUCGAAAGAUUCACCGUCCGUAAACUUGUCGGCGUUAUCGCGUCCUUAACAGGAAUCUUCCUCAUAUCCCGCGUCGAUUUGUCCUUGGCAGACAACACCUCUCUCCCAUCAAGCGACGGAGGCGGCCGCACAUUUCCUCCCAAAACUCCCGGCGAGAUCGCCCUGGGAGAUGCCAUGGCCGCCUUCAGCGCCAUCAUGUACGGAGUCUACACAAUUGUCCUCAAACGACAAGUCGGCGACGAGUCCCGCGUCAACAUGCAGCUCUUCUUCGGCCUCGUGGGUUUCUUCAACAUGUUCCUGCUCUGGCCGGGCUUCAUUAUUCUGCAUCUUACCGGUGCUGAACCCUUUGCAAUGCCUGACACCAGCCGUGUUUGGAUCAUUAUCCUUGUAAACGCACUCUCUUCCCUCUUAUCAGACAUCUGCUGGGCCUACGCAAUGCUCCUAACCUCCCCACUCGUCGUAACAGUUGGCCUUAGCCUUACGAUUCCACUAUCCCUAGUCGGCCAAAUCUUCCUACAGGGACAAUACGCCACGCCGCUGUAUUGGGUCGGGGCUACAGUUGUGUUCCUGUCGUUCGUGGUUGUCAAUCAUGAAAGCCAGGAGAAUGGAAGUGAGGGUGCUGUCAGGCCGAGAGGGAGGUAUGAUGCUGUUGCUGGGGAUGAGAGAGAGGAUUAG